CAGUGGCAAACUAUUCGUCGUUGAUAAAUGAACAAUAGUAAAAUGAAGUACGGUUUUUGUUUUCUGGUUUUGUUAACGAUUUUCCGGUUUCAAUUAUCUAAAGCUGAUUGCAAUGUAGCGAGUGAAACGGUAGCUAGUGGAACCUUUUACGAACCAAAAGAGAAAUUGUGUCCAGGCGAUUUAAUUUUCGAAGAUAACUUUAAUACUUUUGAUUUGGAAAAGUGGCAGCAUGAAUCUACUUUAGCUGGAGGUGGGAAUUGGGAAUUUCAAUGGUACCUCAACAACAGGACUAACAGCUACGUGAAUGGUGGAAAUUUACAUAUAAGUCCAAGUUUUGUAUCUACUGACAAUGGAGAAGAUUUUCUAUAUUCUGGAACUUUGGACUUGAAUGGUGGAAUUCCUACAGACCAAUGCACCAAUCCUUCCUAUUAUGGUUGUAGCCGCACUGGAACAGCCACUAACAUUGUAAACCCAGUAAGAAGUGCCAGAAUUAGAACUGUUGAUUCUUUAGCAUUCAAAUAUGGCUCAGUUGAGGUAAGAGCAAAAAUGCCAGCAGGUGAUUGGUUAUGGCCAGCUAUUUGGUUAUUGCCUCGUUUCAAUGCUUAUGGUGGUUGGCCAUCAUCUGGAGAGAUUGAUUUAUUAGAGUCUCGUGGCAAUAGAAACCUCUACAAUUCUGCUAGAGUUAAUGUAGGUACUCAGCAAGCAAGUAGUACUCUUCAUUGGGGACCAUCAGUUAGAGCCAAUCAAUGGACUAGGACACAUUUUGAGAAAAACAAUGCUGCCGGAUACGACACUGAUUUCCAUGUUUAUAAAUUAGUUUGGACCUCUAAUGGAAUGGUAUUUUACAUCGAUAACGAACUCAUUGGUUCCAUAAAUCCGCCUGAAGGCGGUUUUUGGGAAUUGGGCGAAUUCGCUAGCACUGGAGUAUCAAAUCCUUGGGCAGCUGGUAAUAGAAUGGCACCGUUCGAUCAGAAAUUUUAUUUGAUCAUAAAUCUGGCUGUCGGAGGAACCAACUUUUUUUCGGACGAUUUGACCAAUCCAGGAGGCAAACCAUGGUCUAACACAUCGCCUACAGCCUUUACAGAUUUUUGGAAAGGUAAAAGCCAGUGGGAACCGACAUGGAAUUUAGGAAGUGACGAUUCGCAUUUAGUUGUCGAUUAUGUAAGAGUGUAUGCUGUCUAAUGUUGUAGUUUGAAUUUUUAUUUUAAUUUUGUACAUACUUAGGUAAUUGUUAUUUGUUGAAAAUAAAACGUUGAAACUGUUGAAAGUAA